AUGGAAAAAAAAGGCUACUCAUUUUUAUUCGGCGUCACCUCGCUAAUCGGUUACUUUACUGGUAAAGUGCUUGACAUUCUCGUCAAAAGUUCAUACUGCCACGAAUGUAAAAUUUGGGAACACAAAUUGAACUCUGCCGAAUACGAAGAAUGGCAUGAAGCUCAUGUAGAUACUGGAAACUGUCAGGCAAAUCAUACUGGUGCAUUUGGAAAUAUGGAGGUCGAAGCGAUAAAAACAAUGUUUCAACGCUCGGUAAAUAAUGGUGUACGAUAUCGCAACUAUAUCGGCGACGGUGACUCCAAAGCUUACUCCGGGUUAGUGAAUUCUAAACCUUAUGGUGAUGAUUUUUCAAUAGUAAAAAAAGAAUGUGUAGGACAUGUUCAAAAAAGAAUGGGCACUCGUCUACGUGAAAUAGUCAAAAAGACCGUUGUAGAUACCGAAACUAAGGCUGGAAAGAAAAUCAAAAGAAAGAGUCUGUCUGGUAAAGGGAAGCUUACGGCCAAAAUUAUCGAAAAAUUGACGGUAUACUACGGAUUGGCUAUCAGACGUCACUCUGAUUCCGUAGAAAAUAUGAAGAACGCUAUCUGGGCAACGUUCUUUCACUACAGUUCGACGGACGAGAAUCCACAGCACGAAAAAUGCCCGAACGGCGCGGACUCCUGGUGCGAAUGGCAAAAAGCUGCAGCUGCUAAUGCAUUGGAUUCGUUCAAACACACGUAUUGUGCUCUUCCCAAGGAUGUUUUGGAUGCAAUCAAGCCUAUCUACGAAGAUCUGAGCAAAGAUGCCCUCCUGGAACGAUGUGUCGGAGGCUUCACGCAGAACAACAAUGAGAGUUUGAACCAACUUAUUUGGAAAAUCUCACCGAAGCAUUUGAGUGGAACCUUUGUCGUCGUUGAAAUUGCAGCUUAUGUGGCAGCCAGUGUCUUCAAUGAAGGUUCGUUUGCUUUACUCACCUUCAUGCAAGACAUGGAAAUCAGUUGUGGAUCAAGCGCUCAUGACUGGGCGCGAUCCACUGACUCCAUACGCAUAAGCCGAGCAGAGCAGGAAGCUGAACGACAAACCAAAGAAGGCAGGAUUCUUCGUAGGCAGGAGCAAAAAGAUGCAUUAGACAUCAUCGAUGAUAGCAACAGCCUCUAUGGACCUGGCAUUGAUGACUCAGUGUGA